CGUGCGUUCCUGCAGGAACUCUUUGUGUUACAACCAAGGCCCUGGGGUCAACCUGCCACUUGAGUGCUUGCCAGCGUUUUCUGAAGAAGCUGAGGUUGUCAGAUCGAGGACAUUGUGUGUCAAAAAUCUACCUGUGGAGGUAACUGAGGCUGGUCUUAGGAAUUUGUUUUCUGGCUGUGGGAAAGUGCUUGGUGCUCAGAAACUCCAGCCAAAGCCAGAAUACCCAGACAAGACAGUCGGAUUCGUGGAUUUCCGGUCAACAAGAGAAGCCCUUGCUGCAAUUUCAAAAUUCCACGGGAAACCUCCAUUCCAUUUGAAAGUGAAUAUAGCCAGCAUGUCACUCUCGGACAGGUUUAGGUUUGACGCUAAAAAGAAGGAAGAGCUGGAUGACGUACGUCGGAGGAUUGAGGAAAGAUAUGGUGUGCCUUCAUACAUCAGUCCUCCACCAGGUGCUGGCAGAGGGAAAGGGAUUUCUUCUUCGCCUUUUCCACCUGAAGAUUUGAAAAGUAUUCGUGUAGAUGUGGGCUCCCGCCCUGGCGAGCGGCGUGUCUACAGUAGCAGCAGCAGCAGCAGUAGCAGCAGUAGCGGUUGCAGUAGUCGAUGCAGCAGCAGCAGCAGCUCGUCAGAUGACUCCUUUAAGACCUGCCGAUCAUUUCCGAGCGGUGACAGUGGUCUUGUUGAAAAGAAUUUGCAGGUCGUCAUCACAGGCAAUGCUAGUGGAGAGCAGACGCGCACUGUGAUUGCCCGCGACCUUGCGACACUGCCCGAUCAGAAAUGUGUCUACUGUGGCGAAUUUGCUGAAUUCUUGUGCCACAUUUGCAAGGUAUACUACUGCUCACCAGAUUGUCAGUUGAAGGACUGGCCUUCACACAAGGAAACUUGCCAAAAGAAAGGUUUGCUGCCUACACCUCGAAACAAACUGCCUGAGAAGGAUAAGGGCAUAUCAUCACCGAAACGAGGUGGUCAGAGAAGCAGUGAUGUUCUUGAGAAGGAGAGAGUCUCAUCCCCUCAAAAGCCAAGUAGUCAGAAAGGCAAUGUGUUCUCUGGUGGAGUAAAGGACAGGGCCUUUGGAAAAUUGGGGCAGGAUGGUUCGCCCAGAAGGCCCCAAGACAAACCAGCACCCCACUCUCCAAACAGGCCUAAAGCUAGUCCACAGCAGGCACAGUCUCCAGCUCCGUCUGCUGUUGCAGAGCCUCCACAAGUGCAUACAAAAGUUGACAAGCCAACAAGCACACGCCACCUGGAGUUCCCAACCCUGCGACUCGGAGAGGAUGUUGAAGUGGUCUUUUCCUACGGCACCAGCCUGUCGGAAUUUUUCCUUCAAAAUGUGUCCGAUAUGCAAGACUUGGCGCAGCUGCAGGCCACAUUGCAGGCAGUGUGUGCAACCAGCAAAAGGUUCAAGCCCACCAAGGGAGAAUAUUGCGCAGCGCUCUUUGCUGAUGAUGGCCAGUGGUAUCGCGCAAGGGUCACCUCACUGGACUCUUCUUGCACAGUCUACUUCAUUGACUAUGGCAAUGUGGCUCAAGUGCCCUUCGAAAGCAUUUGCCGACUUCCGGAGUCAUGCAAGAAAUUGCCAGCACAGGCACUGCGCUGUCGGCUUUACGACUUGCAUCCACCAUCUACGUUGGCUGGCUGGCCUGAAGAAGCAUUUUCCUUGCUUGCUUCCCUGAUCCAAAAUGGCACAAUGAUUGCCACUGUGUGCAGGUUUUCGGAGGGCUUUCAUGAAGUGGAACUGAAGCCUAAUAAAGGUGGACAGAGUUUGAAUGAGCAGCUAGUGGCCAAAGGAUUCGCUGAGCGCAUAGCGGCAUCUGCCCCUGGAGCAGUACCUACUCCCAAGGCUAUGCCGAUUGUAGCCCCAGCUACAGAUACGGUGACCUCUCGCUUGCGGCAUCCUUUGAAGUCGAUACUGAAUGUGGUCAAGGCUGGAGACAUCCUACCCAUGCAAGUGACGGUGUCUGCAAAAAAUGUAGUGUGGUGUCUCACCAUGAUUCCUGAAGUUGCCGGUCCCUUGGUUGAAGUGGAGGAGUCCCUGCAGGAAGAAGGAAAAGAGCCUGGCAAGAAGGAUGUUGCUCGUGGUCUGACUUGUGGGGAUUACGUGGCCUCCCAAUCGUCAGAAGACAAGCGUUGGUACCGUGCCUGUGUGGUUGAGAAGACCACCAGCGGGCACACAGUGCGAUACCUGGACUAUGGAAAUGACGAGUCUAACACAGACCUGAUUCCCCUUGCACCUGCGCACCUGGCUGUCCCCGCUGCCGCAGUGCGCCUACUCACCACGGACCCCACGUCCUUCAGAGUUGGGCAACUGCUCAGCUUUUCUGUGGAGUCUGCUGAUGCUGAUGGCACAAUUCGAGGAACUGCCACCUCCCAAGAGGAUGGCAAAACAAUGGGCACGUUUGCUUUGGCUGCAUGGCAUUCUGGUCUGGACACUAAAGAACCUGUGGUGCCAGCUGGUUUAAAACCUGCAGGUGUCUCAACUCCAACUCUUCCGCGCCUGCAGUCAUUGCUGAGCCUUGUCAAGCCUGGCGACAACCUGCGCAUGCAAGUGACGGUGUCUGCCAGGAACACGGUGUGGUGCCUCGCCAUGACUACCAAUGUUGCUGGUUCUUUGGUCGAAAUUGAACAAAGGCUCCAGGAUGAGGGCAGUAAGCUUGGUGUCAAGGGUGUUACUCACAAGGUGAAUUGUGGUGAUUUCGUUGCUUCCCGAUCAACGGAAGACGGGCGGUGGUACCGGGCCUGCGUAACCGAGAAAACUGCCAGUGGGCACACAGUACGAUACUUGGAUUACGGAAACGAUGAAUCCAAUACGGACGUUUUUCCUCUUGCACCAACACUCUUGAUAGUGCCUGCUGCAGCCAUUUGUGUGCUGGCAUCAGACCCCACAUCCUUCAGAGUUGGGCAGCUGCUCAAUUUCACAGUCAAGUCUAUUGAUGGUGGCACAGUUCGAGGAACUGCCACUUCAGAGGAAGAUGGCACAAAGAUGGGCAUGUUUGCCCUGGCUCCCUGGAAUUGUGGUCUCGCCGCCGCCGGGGAACCUGUGGUGUCGCCUUCUCCGCAAAAACCUGCAGCUCGUCGAGCCACUCCCCUCAGUACCUCUUCGCCUGCCCCACCACUCGUGAGCCAUCAACCCAAGAUGGAUGCCAAGGUUCUGCAUGUGCCGCAGCGAAAGCUUCCGACGACCAAGUGCCCCAUGAUACCCGUUUGGAAGACACCAGAGGUGCUGUACCUGCAGCAGCAGAGUCUGGCUUCGGAAUUGCAGGCUAUGAUGGAGGCGCUGAACACCUGGGUUAGGAGUGAGAGCCCCGAGUCGACUGUUGCAAAGUACUCCAAGGGGGACUAUGUCUGCGCACUGUUCAGCGAGGAUGCCACUUGGUACCGAGGCCAGGUGGUGACUGAAAGGUCUCCUGAUGGCAAGUACUUGGUGCUCUUCAUAGACUUUGGUAACAGCGAGCAGCUACCAGUGUCUUCGCUGCGUCCUCUGCCGCCACGCUUUGCGGAGGCACCGCUGUUUGCCAUCAGUGUGGUACCACAGAAUGUGCGCCCUGCUGACCCGCGACUGGCUGCCCUGCUGGAGCAGGAACCCUUUGCAGCUGUGCAAGUGGAGAAGACGCGGGCAGGCCUGCCGAUUGUGCGCCUCGAGCGCAAAGAUGGCACCUGCCUCAAUGAAUGCAUUCGGGGCGUCCGUCCUAAGGAGUCUGCACUGCUGGUUGCAGGAGGCCAGGCACCUCAAGAAGAGCCGCAGAAGGCGCCUGCUGAGGCCUUGCCACCUCCUGCACGUAUUUCCGAAUGUCCGGUUCCCAAGGGCCCAUUUGAUGCUGUCGUCUCCUCUGUGGAGGGCAACCUUGUGUAUGUGCAGCCACUCCUCCGCUGCCAAGCCCUCCUUAAGAUUACGGAAUUACUAGCUGACAAGGCUCGGCGAGACCCUGGUGUCAAGUUCAGCAACUUGCCCGCUGUCAACGAGUGUGUGCUGGCGCUUUAUUCAGAAGACGAGCAGUGGUACCGUGCCAGGGUGGUCUCAACAGAUGAAGCUGCCUCGACGGUUCGGGUUAUGUUUGUUGACUACGGCAACACCGAGAACAUGACUGUGAAGUUGCUGCUGCCAAUGAAGGAGGAAUUGGCCAUGGAACCUGCCUGUGCAAUGGCCGUGCAGCUUGAAGGUGUGCCUGUGCUUGUGCCCCGGGCUCAUGACUUCAUCUCCAAGGAGGCACUCGUUGUGGAACUGGUUGACAGUGGCAAACCACCACUGGCACGCCUCAUGCUUAAUGGGAAGUGCAUCAACGCUGUCGCUGCUCCCAAGGAUGCAUCUCCGGAGACGGUCCAGAUUCCACAGGGGCAACUGCCAUCAGGUCGCACUGAGGCCACCGUACUCCACCGCAUAGACAACUCUAUUUACCUCCGCACAGCUGCUGGCAGUGAAAUGCUGAAAAAGCUACAACCAGAGCUAGCUGCCUAUGCUACCGCAUCAGAUGUACCUGAGAAAGUGGCUGUUGGUGAGGUUGUGUGUGCACUUCACCCAAAGGACCACACAUGGCAGCGUGCAAGAAUUGUUGGAACAGCAGAGGACGUGUUCAGCCUGUUUUUUGUCGAUAGCGGCACUACGGGGACCCAGGCGAAGCUUCACUUGCGUUCGUUGCCUCUUGACAGAGACUGCUGCCUAGCACCAGCGCUGGCCAUCAGGGCACAGCUUGAUGGCGUUAGAAGACUGAGCGACGCUCUAGUGUCUCCGCUCACGGAGGAAGUUGUUUUUGUUGAAACAGUGGAAUCUGAUGAUGAGCCUACCCCCUCGCCAAGUGUGCGCAUCUUUAGCAAGUCUGGGGAAUGCAUUACGGACAUUUUGCGCACUCUGGUCGCGAGGCGGGCACCAAAGAAGACAUUCUCGGAAAGGCCUCUACCUGAUGGACGUACCAAGGCUGUCAUUACACAUGUUGCCGAUCCUGGUGGGCUGUUCUAUCUGCAGCAGUCCAGCCUGGGUUCUGAAUUGCAGACCAUGAUGGCCGAGCUGAAUAGCUCAGUUCCAGACACGCCGCUACCUUCGCCAGUACUUGGCGAUGCAGUGUGUGCACGUUAUGCUGCCGACGGGAUCUGGUAUCGAGCAGUAGUGCUUUCUGUGCCUGAGGAUGGCAAGUGUAAGGUGUCGUUUGUGGACUUUGGUAAUGACGACUUUGUGCCAGUUGGUGACAUCAGGCCCCUUGCUGAAAAGUUCAAGAGCAUACAAGUCAUCGCGAACUGUGUUGCGCUUCAGGGCGUCAAGUCGGUAGCCAAAGAGUGUGUGGCGCAGUUGCUCAACAUUGAGGUUGAGCUUGAAGUUGUGGAUACAUCAAGCCAGCCGUGCAAGGCGAAGCUUUAUGCAGAGGAUCAGUGCCUCAACGAACUGAUUGAAUGAAACCGAGAGCAGUAACUCGGAGGACGUUAAGUUUUGAUUGCUUUGUAAUUAGUCCAACAAAAGCGAUGUUUUCCGUUCCUAAAAGUACAAAUAAACUUUUUGGAGUGUUCCA